AUGGCCUCCCCAGCAGCAGCGUGCAGCCUCCCGACCCCCACAGCGCCUUCCCUCGACGCCAAACCCGUGGACGAGGCCGGCCUCCGCCGCUUGAGACGCCGCCGGCGCCGCCGCUGCAUCUGCAUCUGCGCCCUGGUCACCCUCGGCGUGCUCCUGCUCCUGGGCGUCACCCUCCUCGUCCUCUUCCUCACCGUGUUCCGCGUGCGCGACCCCACCACGCGCCUGCUCUCCACCCGCCUCGUCGGCCUCGCGCCCAGCCUCACCCACCCAAACUUCACGCUGCUGCUCACCGUGGCCGUGCACAACCCCAACCCGGCCUCCUUCGCCUACGCCUCCGGCACCACCGGCCUCUGGUACCGGGGCGCCCACGUCGGCGACGCCCAGGUCGACCCCGGACGCAUCCCUAGCAAGGGGGACGGGGUCGUGCAGCUGGAGAUGACGGUGCUCACCGCCGGCUUCACCAAGGACAUGGCGCAGCUGAUCAGGGACAUCGAGGCCGGGUCGCUGCCGCUGGACGCCAACGCCAGGAUCCCGGGGAGGGUGGUCGUCUUGGGCGUGUUCAAGCUCAACGUCGUGGCCUACUCUGACUGCCACAUCGUCGUCGGCUUCCCGGACAUGGAGAUCCGAGGCCAGGACUGCCGCGACCACGCUAAGCUCUGA